GCCGCACAGAACACGACCAGAGAGCGUCGGCGCUGGCGGCGACGACGUAGCGUAGCGUACGUCCCGCUUUUUUUUUCCUCGGACCAGCCUCGAGUGGCGGCCUCGCCGAGUGCGUCUGUGUGCGGUGCGGUGCGUGCGGUGUGUGCUGGUUUUUGUGGUGGUUUCUUGCCAGGCGGCGUCCAGAGUCAGCCAAGAUGCGGAUGGACUGCGUGGACCGUGCCGUCUCGUGGCUCUUCAAGGUGGUGGGCGAAUUCAUCGCUCGCUACCCGGGCUACUUCGUCAUCGUGCCCCUGCUCGUGGCUGCGUGUCUGGCUACGGGCAUUCAGCGCAUGGUGUACGUGGACGACCCGGAGUACCUCUUCAGCCCCGUCAACGGCCGGUCGCACGACGAGCGGCGCAUUGUCGAGGCGCUGUUCCCGCAGAACACAUCGUUCAACUUCGACAUCGGUCGCCAGACGAAGCCCGAGAAGUUCGGUCGCCUCAUCGUGAUGACGCGCGACGGCGAAAACCUGCUGACGCGCAAAGUGUGGGACGAGAUCAUGCUCCUGGACCAGAUCAUCAAGAAUAUGACCGUCCUCUGGGAUGACGACAUUUGGGUGUACGAGCAGAUAUGUGCGCGCGACGGCCGCUUCUGCUACCCCAACGAGCUGCUCGACUUCUACCCGUACAUCGACCAGAUCGAGAACGGCACCUUCAAGCUGGAGUACCCGCUCCGGAUAGACCGGGCGCGCCAGAAGAUCUACUUCACCGGCGCCCUGAUGGGAGGCAUCGAGCGCGAUGCCGAUGGUUUCAUCAAGUCGGUGCAGGCGAUGGCGAUGUUCUACUACUUGGACACGUCUUCGCGCAAGGCCAACCUACGAUCGCAGGCCUGGGAGUACGCCUUCCUGGACCUGAUGGAGUCGCUCGAGUUCGACCACAUCAAGCUGGCCUGGUUCACCUCACGGUCGCUGGCCGACGAGCUCGAGAAGAACACGACCACGGUGACGCCUUUCUUCAGCAUCACCGUGGUGAUCAUGCUCAUAUUCACGGUUACCACGUGCCUCAUGCGCGACGCGGUGCGCAGCAAGCCCUGGCUUGGAAUCCUGGGCUGCCUUUCGGCCGCCGUAUCGGUCAUAGCCGGUUUCGGCAUGGUCAUCUACCUUGGACUCGAGUUCAUCGGCAUCAACAUGGCCGCACCGUUCCUCAUGUUAGGUAUCGGAAUGGACGACACGUUCGUGCUGCUGGCCGCCUGGCGGCGCACCAACCCCCGAAAGAGCGUGGUGGAGCGCAUGGGCGAGACGUACCGCGAGGCGGCCGUCUCCAUCACCAUCACCUCGCUGACAAACUUCAUCUCGUUCUGCAUCGGCGCCAUCACGCCGUUCCCGUCGGUGCGCAUCUUCUGCAUCUACACUGCGGUGGCCGUGCUGUUCACCUACGUCUACCAGAUCACCUUCUUCGGAGGAUGCAUGGCGCUGUCCGGAUACGCGGAGCGCCGCAACCUGCACGGCCUGCUUUGCUUCCCCACCAUGCCGAAGUCGCAAGCCAGUGGGCGCUCGUGGCUGUUCCGGGCUCUGUGCACUGGCGGCCUCAACCCGAACGACCCGGACAACCCGCUAGACAACCGGGAGCACAUCAUGAUGACCUUCUUCCGUGACACCUGGGGCGGACUGCUCAGCCUGUUUCCCAUCAAGAUACUGGUCAUCCUCGUUUUCCUGGUGUACCUAGCCAUUGGACUCUGGGGUUGCACGCAAGUCAAAGAAGGGCUGGAGCGCUACAAGCUGGCCAUGGAUACUUCGUACGCCCGCGAUUUCUUCAACAUGGACGACAAGUACUUCCGGCGAUUCCCGCUGCGGAUACACGUGGUGAUGAACAAGACUCUUGACUACUGGGAUCCCGAAGUGUACGACAAAUUAGAGGAGAUCGUCGGGAACUUCGAAAACAGCAGCUUCGUGCAGAACUCUGACCUGACCGAGUGCUGGUUCCGCGAGUACCGUCGCCAGACGCUGGACGGUCCUUUCAAGGGUUACUUCGGCCAGUUCGACCUCACUGACCCCCACGACUACAUACAAGGGCUUAGGUUCAUGCUAAGAUUCGAGCCGUUUUCGACAUUCAAGAAGGACAUCAAGUUCAACGAGAACUACACAUCCAUCGUAGCCUCCCGCUGCAUUAUCCAGACCACCAACAUUUCAGACGCCAACAUGGAGAAAGACAUGGUGCUCGACCUGAGGCGCAUCGCCGACAGCUACCCGGAUCACCACAUAACCGUGUUCCACACGCUGUUUGUCUUCUUCGACCAGUUCAUCCUGGUGCGCGAGACAUCCAUUCAGUCCAUUGGCGUUGCUGCCGCCGUCAUGAUGAUCAUCGCCCUGAUCUUUAUCCCGAGCGUUUCGUGCGCUCUGUGGGUGGCCUUCUCCAUCUGCUCCAUCGAGAUCGGCGUCAUCGGCUACAUGACCUUGUGGAACGUGAACCUCGACUCCAUCUCCAUGAUCAAUCUCAUAAUGUGCAUCGGGUUCUCUGUGGACUACUCGGCUCACAUAUCAUACGCGUACCUAUCGUCGGACGGUCCGACGCCCAACGAGAAAAUGAAGUGUGCCCUCCACUCCCUGGGAAUGCCCAUAUUCCAGGGUAGCGUGUCCACCAUUCUCGGCAUCAUCAUCUUGGCGUUCGCGCCAUCCUACAUCUUCCUGACCUUCUUCAAGACUGUGUUCCUCGUCAUCCUCUUUGGUGCGCUGCAUGGAAUCCUUCUCCUGCCGGUACUGCUGUCCAUGUCGCAUUCACUCUGUAAGAAGCAAAAGAAGGCCAUCGUGACGCACCCGUUCUUUGUACCGCCGUACCCGUCAUCGAACGGCUGCAAGACGCCGCCGGUGAUCGUCACUUCGGGUGACUCGUACGGGUCUCUGAGCAUGCCGUCUUCCAACAGCAAGGACAUCAAGCGCAAGCUGAGCGGCGAGCUAAACCAAGAGAAGGAGAUGCCCAGCAGCGAAAGCAGCAAGAACCUGCUCACCAACAUCGUCAACUAUUCGACCUUCCAGGAUAGCAGAAGCGGCGGUGACCAGGUGAACCCGGGUUUCCAGCCGGAUGAAGACGAAGAGCACGACACUGUGCCCGGCAGGAUAGCGCCGCCCUACAACUGGCCAGUGAAGGUGCCGCCGGCCGAUCGGUGCCUGCACAGGAGACACAGCUCGAACGAUAUGAAGUCUGCACCGCGGCUUUCUAAACAGUACAGCGUACCGUCCUGAUCGACCGACUGCUGUUAACUCGUCUCCCAAGCCUCCUACCCAGCCUCCAGCGCCUCACCCGCCCCAGCACUGGGCCGACGAACGGCGACGAAAGAUGGGAAGUCUAGUCCUGUGCACUGUGCGAUACGGGCUGCUUGUGUUGUACAUAAACCAAAGUGCAUUUUGUUGUUUUUUUUACUCGUCAUUUUCGCCCUCGGACGAACAGGGCGUGUGUACGGUGACGAUGACGACGGCUUGUAUGGUACAGAUGGAACCGCUUUGACAAAUCAUCUUUGCACGUUCUUCAGAAGCAAAAGUGAGCUUCGCAGGUGUAUAUCGAAUAUUACAUUGGACUUUGAACACACCCCCAGAUAAAAAGAAGUUCUCGUGAGACACGCUCAAGAAUUGUACAGAUGCUGUGUUGUUAUACCUGCAACACCCAUUUUAUGCCUGCUUCGAUGAGGUAUUCCGAGUGCCCGGUCCUUUGAGCACGAUGAUGAAUGGAAAAUGUUUGCUUCAAAUUUGUGUUUCGCUGGUGACUGUAAAAACCACUCCGCAAUAAGUGCCCCACGUAUUUUAAGUUCUUUGUAUUGAGACGAUCCUUUCGCAACCUGUGCGUUUAGCGAAUGUAUGUUACGUUUUUUUAUGCUACCGUGUGUUUGUGAGAGCAGUGUGAAUUUAAUUGUUAACAUAUAAGGUACCGUGAAGUUAAUAUUGCGUAUUGUGUCAACAAGUUCUUUUUUUUCGCAAUGUUCACAUAUUGUGAGAAGCUUGCAAUUUCAUGACUGAUGAAGCCUAUUGGUUGCGUCCACGCUUGUUCUGCGCACAGGCUGACACAACAGGUCUUGCCAACUGUUUAACAGUUGCGGCAAAAUACUUCAAUAACUUAACAAAACACAGAAGAAGAAAACACCGUGUCACACAGCUUGUAUAUUCGCAACAUUAUUUGUCUUGUUGAAAUGCCCCAGUGCAUCAUGAAAUUGAGGCAAGGUGUAAGGUACCUACCUGUAGUUUUUUUUAUUUUUUUUAUUGGUGCAGAAAACUUGGUUACUUGGUUAUACACACUGCUUUUGGCUGCCCAUUUAUGAAUCUGAACUUGAAGAACUAGGCGUCUUUGGAAUUAAACAGCGAAACCUUGCCUUUUGCCUCUCGACGAACGUGUGUGGAAAGCCCCCAAAAAGGGGCAAUGCAAAAUCAGUGUCGUCUUCUCAACUCCAAUGUCUUAGAUGUACUCAUACGCGUCGGCCUUUCGGUCAACAGCCGACAAUUUAGGACUUUUUUAUAGAGCAUUGGGGAACUUACAAGACAGCCACCAUUCCGAGAGUCGUGGCUUGCAGACAUGUGAACUGUGUUUUAAUGCUCCUGUUGAUUAGUCUACCCCAGACGUGCUGCAUCUUUCUUGACAAAAGUAUGAUGGCGUACGUGUUUGGGGAACUGUUUUUGAAAGCCACAAACAUCUCAAGCAAGUAUUCGUGCUUUGAACAGUGCAUUUCCACGCAUAGCUGAUUGUUGUACAGUGCAAAUACUGAUGAGAAAGCUUUUGAACUAUUCUAAACCGAAUAGUAUGGGGCUGAAAACUGCUGGUCGUGUGAACAAAGGAAAAGAGUAAACAAAAUAAAUGCGCCUGGCCUGCAGUGGAGCUUGCGUCCCUAACGUUUGGGUAAUUGAUUGAUUGAUAUGUGGGGUUUAACGUCCCAAAGACACCAUAUGAUUAUGAAAGAUGCCUCAGUAGAGGGCUCCAGAAAUUUUGACUACCUGGGAUUGUUUAACUUGCACCCAAAUCUGAGCCCAUGGGCCUACAGCAUUUUAGCUUCCAUAGGAAACUGCAGCCACCGCCACUAGGAUUCAAUCCCGCAACCUGCGGGUCAGCAGCCGAGUACCUUAGCCACUAGACCACCACGGCCGGGCAACAUUCGGGUACCGUGACCUGAAACUCUCUAUCAGGAAUCUCUUGAACCCGUAUAUUUUGAACACAUGCCUUUGCAGAAUCAUUGCCGAUUUGCUUGAAGGAUAGGCCGAAAGCAUAUUCCUAAAGAAAAAAACUCACGUAAACCUUCACACACAUUUUAGACUGCCAGACCACAACAACAACACGAUUAACACUUUGAGUUCAGGCUUGUUGCGCUAUUGAAGAAGCACUUGUGUGAUGAAAAAAAAAAUGCAGGUGCAGCACAAGUAUUACACAGCCGUAGGGAUGCAUAAAAAGAAAAGAAGAACACAAACACUGCGGUUGUCCCUACAUUUGCAAUAGAUUAUUCGGUCAUAAAACAGAAACAAUGUUUUCAGCCGUUCCGGCAUUACCACAGGCGGCGCAGUGACCAGGCAUUCCUGGUUGGCCUAGCACGUGCUGUUUCUUUGUCUUGUUUUUAUGGUGCUGUAUAAGUUUUUUUUUAUUUUAUUGGUAUCGAGUGUAUGAUAGUGCAUCAGGAUGCGAUAGUAUUCAACUGUUGUACAUACAAUAAGUGCGAAUAACGAAUAAAGUUCACGUUGUUUUGAAAAA